UUGAUGACUUUUCGGAAAAAAAAACUGACAGUUUGGCGUUGUUUUUGUUUUACUCUUUCGCCGAUUGCUGUGAUUUUUGUUGAAAAAAUACCAGAAAUACCGAGAAAAAUGAGUGAAAAUCAAGGAAAAUGUGUAAUCUCUGUUAAUAAGAUUAGGACUAUCAUGAAGAGUUCAGCGGAUGUGGGCUCAAUCACCUCAGAAGCCAUCCAACUCGUUAGCAAAUCAACUGAGCUUUUCAUCGCUGAAUUGGCGUCCAAAGCGCACAAAAAACGCCUGGAAAAGGACAAAAUCAAGACGCUGGACUACAAAUCCCUGGCGGAGUAUGUCCAGAAUGAAUCAAAGCUGGAAUUCCUGCAGCAGAUGGUGCCCAAGAAGGUCACAGUGAAGGAAUACAGGGCUUUGUUGAAGAAGAGCGAAGAGGAGGAAGUGCAGGAAAUCUCAGAUGAUGAUGAUGAUGAGUCAUCUGUUUGCUCAUCCGACAGUGGAAAUGCCGACGAUGCCAUCAGUAUUUCAAGUGCCAGUGUUGUAGAAGUGAAGAAUUAAAGAAUUUUUGC